GCACUUGCUAACAAAGAAUUGCGAUUGAGGGGUCCGGGCGGAAUAUCAAAGAUGCUUCAGCUUACUAAAGAAAACGUGGUUUCCUAAAACAAAAAUAAAUAAAAGUUAGACUUUUCAAAAUGCAAGAUGCAGCUUCUGGCUCAGCAGUCCUGCCUGCCCUUCCCCAUAACCCUGGACCAGCCGUACUCCCCACUGAAGAAGCUGACGAUUUGGAGAGAACUUUGGAAAGCGACAAUGAGCUAUCUGGAGCAGAAAGCUUUUUAACUGAAGAGCUUGAUGAGGAUUGGCACGAUCGAUUUGAGGACUGUUUUUUCAGUGAUGAUAGUGAUGACAGUGAUGACUCUGCCUAUACACAGUGCCAGUCAAGCACAUGUUCUACACCGCCAGCAGCACCUCAACUUCCACUGAGGAGAGAAUCUACACCUAGGAGAACACAUACCAGGGGGCGCAGACAAUCUAUAGGGAGCAUUCAGAGCUCCCCACUGUGCCGCUCCAGAUCACGCUCCCUACACCACACAACACCUGAACAGCACUGGAAAACAGAAAGUGAUCCAGAUGUCCCACCAGUUCUCCCCGGAUUUGCCCCUGCUAGGCCCCCGGGGGUGCAACUGGAUAAAUCAGCCGUACACAGUCCACUUGAAUUGUUCCAGCUGUUUUUCUCCACCAGUGUUGUCAGAAAACUAUGUAGCAACACCAACAAGCAAGCUACAAAGAGGAUAAUACAGGGACUUCAGUUCAAAUGGACUGAUGUCACCCCCCAAGAGUUACUAAAAUAUAUUUCACUGGUUAUUUUCAUGGGGCUUCUAAAGCUAGGAUCGAUCAAAUCCUACUGGAGACAGAAAAACAUUUUCUCAGUGCCGUUUCCGGGAACAGUGAUGGCAAGGGACAGGUGGCUCUUGAUUUCCUCAAACUUGCGCAUGAGUGAUCCGGCCGAGGAUGCUGUAAAUGACAGCAAAAAGGGCUCAUCAGAAUACGACCCGCUGUUCCGUCUCAAGCCUCUGAUGACCAAAAUCAAUGCAGCGUGCAAGUCUUUUUACCAACCAAGGAAAAAUCUGGCAAUUGAUGAGAGGAUGGUGGCAACGGAGGCGAAAACAGGGAUGACACAGUAUAUGAAACACAAACCAGCAAAGUGUAGGUUCAAACUGUUUAUACUGGCUGACUCUUCCAAUGGAUACACAUCAAACUUUAUUGUGUACACAGGGAAGUCCAAAUUCCACACAGGCUUUGGACGUCCUUAUGAUGCAGUUGUGGGCCUCCUGGACAAACUGUUUUUGGGAAAUGGUUAUCACAUCUACUGUGAUCACGUUUAUACAAGCCCUCAGCUAUUCAGACACCUGUCUUCUCUGCAAUUUAGAGCCUGCGGUACAUAUCGAGCCGGGGGGAUGGGAGCCCCUACAUCCCAGCUGAAUGCCCUGACCAAAAAGUCCCCAAGAGGCUCGAUCAGGUGGAUUCGAGAUGGCGACCUGCUCUUUGUCAAGUGGAUGGACUCAAGCGAGGUGUCCAUCUACUCAACAAUCCAUCAAGCCUACACGUCAGAUGCAGUGAUGAGAAGACUUAAGACAAAAGAUGGAACCUGGAAGAAAAUCAGUGUUCCCAUACCCACUCCAAUAGUGGAGUAUAACAAGCACAUGGGAGGUGUGGACUUGUCGGAUCAUCUGAUCCAAUGCACCACUUCUCACCACAAAGCGACGAGGUUGUAUAAGACCAUGUUCUUGCACUUUUUGGACAUAGCCGCAUGCAACAGCUACAUUCUACAUAAAGAACUAUGUACAGAACAAAAGACUAAUCCCCUGACACACAGAGCUUUUAUGGAGGAGCUCACAGCUCAACUUGCUGGGGCGACUCCGGAAGCAGAGGCUGCAGAAAGGAGGACAAACCACACACCUGUGCCCUUUGCCCCUUUCGACCCAGCAAAACCUGAAAACAGGCCUACAGAUGUAAGGAAAUACUGUGACCUCUGCAAGGGUAACAAAGCCUACAACAAGACCUCCUGGCAGUGUGGGGCAUGCCUGGUGCCCCUCUGCAACCAACUAGAUAGGACUUGCUUUACUCGCUGGCAUGAUGGAAUGAUGGAUUUAUGAGGGAUAAUGUGUGUAAAAACGUAUUAGACUGCUUGCACAGAAGUUUCAUUAAUUCAUUGUUCCAUUCACAUUUUAAAACGAGAUUCUUCAUUAGGCCGGGUUACAAGCCACCAAUCUGAGAGCUAUCCAUUCUCUUGCUGUUUUGGACCUACUCUUUGGAUUGACAUACUUUUGCAUUUUGAAGGGGAAUUAUGUUUUUGUUUUGUGUUGGAGUUUGGACUCUGGUAUAAACUAUUGAGUGUUUUGUUGGUUUGGGAACUGCUGUUUGGAUUUAAUUGAACUGAAUCAACUUCGUUGUGAAGAAGGUUGACAUGUUCAUUUGCACAUGUGUAUAUUUAACUAUGUUGUAAUGCAUGAAUAAUGUAUGUACACAGUCUGGCUGGUUAUCUGUACACACAGGAACAGUCUCUUUUGAACUUGCUUUAGUUUAGCAGGUAGUGAUCCAAGCCAAUUGUUACGCUGCUGGGACAUGGUUAUUUUAAAGCUGUACAAAUAUUAA